UAGAAUAAGAUACAGGUUACAUUUUGAUCAGUUAAAUUCAUUACCACGACAAAUGUUUGGAAGUAAAUAAAUAUUGAUAAGGGAGCAGUAAUCAACUCAUCUGACCAACUAGUUUACAUAAAUAUUAGGAUAGCAAAGGGAUGCCAAUCUCUGUUGAUAGUUCCUCCAGCAACCUUGUGGAAACAGGGGAAUAUUCUGUUUCUACACCUGUGGCAGCUAAUGGAAGACAAGUACAAAAUGAUGGCUGUGCUUUAACAAUGAAUAGUAAAGAUGUGAAGCAGUUGUAUAAUUUUGAAACGUUUGAUGAUGAACCUCAAGCGUCUGUUUAUUUCCCUCCAACGAGUCAGUCCCCACCUAUUCUUGUUCAUCUUCCUUCAACAACAAGUCCAGAAUCGUCAUCUGCUAGAUAUAGUCCGACAACGAGACGUUCACCUAGUUAUGAGUAUCGGGACGGAUUGAGGCGAAGACCAGGAAUCGAUGUGCCGACUGAUUUGACCCAAUUCUCAAGUGCUAGAAAGUCUGAAAGCCCAAUUCGAAAACGGGCUCGGACCAUGUCUGAAGAUCGUCAUAUAUGUGACAACAACGGAGCUUCAUGCAGUGAAUCGACUGUCUAUCAUUGUGCUCCUCCGUACCAGGCAUUAGAAUGUCCUGCUAGUCCUGUGUCACCUAUUGAUUCGGAUUUAGACCAAUCGGAAUAUCCGUUUCAUCCCUCCAGUGCUCACAAUAGAAUCAAGAUGCAUGAAUAUGAGACUCAUUGUCAUUCCCCGUUGCAACAAAGAGAUGAGGCUGCUUCUCUAUUUAGUCGACAUCGACCUACUGGUUUAGCGGAAGAAAUAUAUGUUCAUGAGAUCGAUGAAAGAACAAUGACAGAUCGUGUCCCACCCCCUCAUUCCCCCCCUCUUCCUCCACAUCACCCAGCAGUUGUUGCAGAAACUUAUACGCCAGAGGAUUCACACACACCAACACCUCGUCGACCCUCAUUGAGUGGGAUUCAUGGAAAUUAUUCAGAAGAUGAGAUUCCUCCGUUAUUAGAUGCUGUCACAGAUGUUCCUAGUCGAGCUGAAGAGCAAGCAACAAACCAAUACACGAGAGGUCGACUUAAUGGCAUGAGUGAAAGCGUUGUGUCUUCAGUCAUUCGUCAUACGAAUAAUACCAGAUCGUCCCAUCCUGUUUCAAUUCCACGACAAAACUACAGACAAGAGCAUCGAGCACCAGUAUACCCUCGUGAUCCAAACACAUCACAACGCCACACUAGCAGCUUUCACACUCCUAAUUCUACAAGGCAGAUGUCUCAGUACACAAUGCAGUCUCCUUCAUUUUCUGUUGGAUCUCCAGGAUACACUUGCACAUCAAAUCCAAGGAUUGGAGGUGCGCCCACAUCAUUGCACAGCAAUAUGUCUCGACAUCGACCAAUACCGUCUUAUUCAGAGUACAGAAGCCAUCCGUCCGUGAGUUCGACUCCACCUUCGCGUCACCCGAGAACGUCCAGGCCACCGAGACAUAGUAGACAUAUGGCCAACGUUCAAAGGCCAGGCAACACCAUACCUUCUACUACAUUGUGUGCAGCAGUUCCCGUCCCAUACUUGAGUUCAGCUCAGCCUUUUCCAUCAGGUUUAUAUGGACCACAACCCCAGCAUACACCUUCUAUAUAUCAUCAUCAGACAAUGCAACCACAAGUUGUAACAAGGCCUCAUCCAUUCUCAAUGGCAGUUGCAGCUGCUAAUCAUUAUGUGCAGGCACAGAUGCAUCAUCAGUCCCUAACUGGUUACACUCAACACAUGAGACAACCACAGAUCAAUCAGAUGGAUAGAAGACCUACUGUUGUCACUGCCAGUGGAGCCGUACAACAAUCUGCCGGUCCACAUAUGCCAACCGCACCUUUCCCAAUGCCUGUGGCGGCCGCUGCUUAUUUACAGGCUGUUGCCCCACCUCACCCACACCCCCAUGCUCAUCCAGCAUUACAUCCUGCUGCUCAUCUUGCAAUGGAAAGACGUUACAUGGCCAGUCUGGAGAACCAUAUACAACAGCUCAACUCUCUCAACCAUGAUCGACGAAUACCAAGCCAACCAAGUCGUGCUGCUCAGGCUGCCGUUGCAGCAGCUGCCAUCCAGGCUCCAUUACUGGCACAUUGGCACAUGCAUUCAGCUCCGUCCCUGCCUCGGAUCAUUGCAUUCCAACCGCCUCCAAUAACACCUGGAUACAUAUUCAAUCCUUUUCCUGCAAGAUUUCCCGUUCUACCUGACGAUGGAAUUGGUGAAAACUACGAGGCGCUCUUCAGUCUCACAGAGCAUCUUGGUGAUGGAAAACCACAAGGAUUAUCCAAGAAUCAAAUUGAACAUUUAUUAUCGUAUCGAUAUAAACCAGAUAAUCAUCAAGGAGACCAAACUAUCUGUGUCGUAUGUAUGUGUGAUUGGGAACCAAAACAACUGAUGCGUGUCCUCCCGUGCAAUCAUGAAUUUCAUGCAAAAUGUGUCGAUAAAUGGUUAAAGAGCAAUCGUACUUGCCCGAUAUGUCGUGCAGAUGCAAGCAAACUGCAACGACAUAAUCGAAGGGAGAAAGCAGCAGCACAUGUUGCAUAGCAGGAUACAGAAAACGAAACUUUUCUUUUAUUUGUAACUCUGGCCGGAGAAGAAUGAUACUAUUGGAUUAUGAUUGGCCGAAAAUGAGUAGAGUUUAUAUUGACAUUAUCCCAGCGGAGGAUAUUAUGGUGAUGAUUGUAUACUAAAUGGAAGUCACAAGGCAGCAUUUUUUUUGUGUUAAUCAGCGUCAACUUCUGAUCGCUUUGCCAAAUAUUUGCAUUUGUGUAUAAUUUUUAUUUAAAAGGGAAUUGAAAUUGUAUAAUUCUUUCAAUAUAAAACUACUCGGAAACAUGAAAUAUCAUAGGUGAAAAUGUAAAAAAUGAAGAAAAAACUCAACAAAAAAAUUCAAGUAUAAUGAACUUAUCAAUGUUCAACUCAUGUGUAUUUUCAUUGUCAUAUCAUGCUUGUUUUAGUGUGUGCCGUGUAUAUUUGCUAUGUCACAUGCUUGAUUAGACAUGAUUUGAUAAUGUCUGAAUUACCCUGGAUAGCUUAUACCAACUUAUUAAUUGAAAAUGAAUUGAAUUUUUGGAAUUAUUUGUGAAUCUAAUGUAGUUGAUUCUGUUAUUAGCACCAGUAUUUUUUCAAGUUCACAUAUGUGAUGAAUUCAUUCUUUAAAUAUUCUUUAAAUAACUUGCUACAGUGUUGCCCAAAAUACAACUUUUGACUAGGUAAUGAAUGUUUUUACAUGAAUUUCCGAUUUGUGAAGACUAUAAACCAGACAAAGUUGAUACUAGAUGAAAAAAAAAUGACAUUUUGUAGGAAUUUUGGCAAAAAAUGAACUUUUUUUUCAAAUAUUCUCAAAGAAAUUUGCUCUACACCAGUGUUGCUCAAAUACAACUUUUGAUUACUUAUUUCAAUUCUAUUUUGGUGGGGUGCAUUUUUUAUUAAUAUGGAAUGAAUUCAUUGUUAGUUUAUGCUUAAUCUUAUACAAAUUCAACUUUCUGAUUGCAUAUAACUCAAAAUUUGGCUCAAAUUGUUAGCGACUCUAGGUUUAUUACUGUAAAUUGCAAGUAUAUUUGCUCUGAUUUUAUAGCAUUGUACAUUCAUAUGAACUAUUGUUCAUUAAAGUAGAGGAGCAGGCGUUUGAUUGGUUGCGGUGGUAGUUGAUUGUGUUCCGCCUCUGUAUUUUCUCAGCUUCGGCCGAUUUGAGUCGAUACUGUAUUUUUUGUGUUAGAUUGGAUGAUUUUGUGUUUGACGUGUUCUCGUUUAUUUUUUGUGCUUUAAUUACUAUUGUUUUAAUUAAUAUUCACGUAAUGCUAGCUAACAACUAUAUGUUUGUGUUACUAACAAUUUUGUGUUAACUUGAUAGCGAUUGCCCCUAUCGCAGCGGGAAAGCAAAAGCAACUUUUUUAUCGAACCAGAAACCACUUUAAUUUUUAGUUUGUUCUUUUUUAGUUUUAUCCAUGCUACCGUACUACUAGCAGCGUGUUUGUAUACGCAUGUAAUUGAUUUUUGUUUCACUGCUUCUCUUUUUUCAUUUCGGUUUGUUCGAAAGCGCCUUACUUCGAUUUUUGUUAUUAUCAUUUCAUGUCCGAGCACUCUACAGAUUUUUUCAAAAUCAGCUUUGUGCUGGAUAUGGUUUACAACACGUUCUUGUGUCACUACUCGUUUGAACUAUUUUUGAUUUAAUCUAACUGCACGGGAUUAAAGCAUUGGUUAUGUUAAUAUAGUUAGGGCUGGGUGAAUCCGCAGGGCUCAAAAUGAUAAAGAUAAUUCACACAAACUUAUUGUACACAAAUUAAAAUGGUUUCAACAAGAAAUACAUCACAGUAUUAAAACUCUAACAACUUGAGCUUUUUUGUAAUCUAUGAAUAAAAUUAGGUUUAUGAAUUGAUUGUUUGAUUUUGCCCGGCCCUAGCUUUUGUCCGAACCGAUUUUGCACUUAUGUUUCACAAUACUUAGAAGGGAAAUGAUAGUCACAUGAGACUACCACUUUUUAUAUCACACCUCAGUCUUCAAUUGCAUUUAAAAGUACAAUAUGAUUUUUCCCUAAUCAAAAUUUCACCAAUCUUAUGACGAAGUGUCUUUGGGCUCAUGAUCAUCUCAAUGUUAUCCAGGUUGUUAGACAAUUAUUACUGGAAAAAUAUCCUGUCAGAUUCCACUUUCUUAUUUAAACAACAUUAUUCAAAUGUGCAAAUUUGGAGAAUAUUCUUCCAUUGCAUUGAUUACUAGAACGCUUGAAUAUUUAAUGCAUUAAGAUUCAAUUCUUUUUAAAUUGUUUUCGUAAACGGCCAACCUGACUGAGCUAGACAGUGGGAAUAACUUGCCUGUUUUGAAGAUAAAGUGUACUUACGUUGUUGUGUUGAAAUGUCAGGUUUUAUCUAUAUUAUGCAUCAAAAAAAAGGAUUCUGAUGUAAAAAAUCUAGUUAUGAGUGUUAAUUAAUAUUAAUAAUUAUUAAUACUAAGCGGUGAUUUAUAUUAUUUGCACGAAAAAAAUUUUCACUCAAUGUUUUAGUUGACAAAUUUAAGACACAAUUUUUUGUUUGAGUUUCUGAUGCCAUAAUUUUAAGAUCCAUCCAUAUAUAAUAUUAUUUACUUGUAAUCCCAUUUGAUUGUUUUCUAAUAUUAGGUUUGAUUUGGAUUCUGUGAGUUAACAUAAUCAAAUUUUGAUUAUAAUGUUAAUGCUGUGAUAUAUGUUUUAAGCAAAUAGGAAAAUUGCUUGAAACGCUAUGAUUUGUAUUUACCGUAGUCUAAAUCCGGCAUUUGACUAAAAUAGAAUCGUUUACUUUAGUUAGAUUUUAGAUAAAAUGCCAGUAAAAACAAAUUUUUAUGGGAAUUCUUUUACACAAAAUUGCUUUGAAAUGGCGAAAUGAUCUGUCUUAUAUCUUUUAUGGAAACCAACUUGCCAAUUAUAUACCUGUUGUAACAAAACAGAAAAUUUAAAGUGUUCCGUGUAUUUGUUUUCAAUAUUUUUCGUUCAUUUUCAUUCCACACUGAGCAGUUACUCGCUUUUUGAUUCCUUUUUGCCUUUUUUCACUUUUUUCUUUGGUUUGAAAUUCUUACUGAUCGUGUUGGAGUUCGUUAAUUUUCCUCGAUUAUUGCACCUUUCAUUUCUUUAUGAAUUUCUUCCUUUCACUUGGUUAUCGCUUUGUUCAUUAAUCUGAUUUAAACACAUACUUGCGAUUAUUGGCUGGUUAUAUUGCAUAGCAGAUUUCAAUAAUAACCGGAUAUUUGAAUUAUCCAGUGGGCCGUGCUGUGCUUUUUUUUCUUUUUGUGAUGUUUGCUCCACCACCAUCUUUUUUCAUAAAAAUAUGGAUUCAAUUUUUGAAUUAACGUGGAUAAAAUUGAGAUUUAUCAAGCACAAAUUAAAAAAAAAAGAAUUAAACCAAAUUUUUUUAUUCUGUGAAAGAGUAUCCAGUGAAGUUUGUAAAUCAAUCAUUAUCAUCAAAAUUUUCUUGUAGUUUUGUAUUUUUGUUAAUAUUCAUUUUUUUGUAUGGAUUGCAGUUCUUUUGGUGAUUAUUUGCAGUGAUACUAGGUAUAGUCCGUGUUACUUUUUGUGUAAUUUUCUUUCGGUAUCCAGAAAACCAUUGUCAUACGUUAUCAAAGUCUUUCAAUUGCCAAGAUCUUAAGGCUUUUCGUGUGUGACAAAUUCAACAUCUUCAAGUCAUGCAUAAUCAAGUUACCUAAGAUCUUUGGUAUCUGUAUGAAAAAUUUGACUCAGAUAAUUCAGUGAUUUGCUGAUUGAAUGUGAUGCAUAAUUUUUGAUUAUUUUCACAUAUCAGUCUGUCAUUUGAGUUAACUCCAUUGUUUGUUUAUAUUUGUUUGUAUACUCACGGCAUGACAAUUGUCAUUAGCACUACCAUCAUUAAUAUUGUAUUAGAAUAACCCUGUGACCAGAUGAAAAAAUAAACUAAAUCCGUGUAAUUUUGAGGGAAAUAAAAAUACUUACAUGGUUAA